CCACCCACAAACAUGUGCUUAUAAAUAAUAAAAGUAGGGCGUGUACGCGGUGAAGCAUUAGAUGACAAAAGAACGGACCUUCAAGGCCCUGGCAUAGCCCUGUCCUCAAAAGACUGAGAAUUGUGGACCAUCAUUUUCCCUUUAACUCCACACCCCACCUAAUUAAAAAAAAACAACCCAGACCCCCUCCCCUUUACCCCUCCUCCCCUAUUUAGAAGAUCGCGUCACUACUUCUCAAUCUAAAACCACUCAACACAUUCAAACAUACAAGUCCCUAUGCACAAUGUACAAACCACUACAGCAUCAUAUAUCUGAACUCAGUUGUUUCGGGUGAGGGAGAAAGUUGCCUUUUUCGAACCCAUUCCUAACAAUGGAAUAAUGAGAAUGUAGGAAAAGACAAGGCAACAAAAACACUUAAUCAUCACUACUACCAUUCGACCACAUACAAACUUAUAAACUUCUUCUUCUUCUUCUUCUUCUUCUUCAAUGGGAGAACACAAGGCAAACUGGACCACCCGAUAAACACUAACCUCACAAGUUUCUUACUUUUUCAGCUCCAAACCCGACCCAUCAUCUGCUUCUUUUGUUCUUGAAUGGUUUCUUUAUAACCACAUGACUUCAUGAUGGGUUCUUAGGAGACACUUUCUUCAACCUCCAUUCAUUAUCGAUCUCCUUUUCUGUCUGGAAAUCUCUCCUUCUUGAUUAAAAACCUGCAUUUCGUGGGGUCCUGUUUGAUGGGAAAAUGUCAUCACUUUAGCGGUUGAAGAUUCUUUUUUUUUUUUUUUUUUUACUACAGUUCAGUGCACUAUUAAGUUUUAUUCUCCAUUAACUUCUCACCUCACGCGAUAUAGGGUUAUUGGGAGGUUCUGAAUUGGUUUCUGCUUGAUUUGAUCUUUUUUCUUUUAGAUUUUAAGUUCAGAGAGAUCUUAGAGUGAUAUUUUGUUUACAGAGAGAAACAUGGAAGCUAGAGAGAGAGAGGGUUUGGGUAUGAAUCACAAUAACCCAUCUCAAGCUAAUCGGGUAAUAUCACCUUCCAUCUUCAGUUAUGGAGGUUUGAAUUCUUCAAACGCUACAAGAAAUGAGAGCUCAGAUCAACGUCGUCUUCAUCUACAUCAGAGAAACGAUUAUGGUGGAUUAUUGCAAGAAGAACAAAUGGAAGCGUAUAGAGAAAGAAGAAGAGAAUUUGACCCAAACCCAGAUCCAGAUCCAGCUCCAUCUCCAGCUGAACCAGUGUCUGAAACACGGCCGCCACCACCGCCACUGCCACCGCCUGAUGUGGCGGUUCGAUAUCGGGAAUGCUUAAAGAACCAUGCUGCCAGCAUGGGUGCUCAUGUUGUCGAUGGGUGUGGGGAGUUUAUGGCUAGUGGAGAAGAAAAUACACCAGAAGGUUUAAAAUGCGCCGCCUGUGAAUGCCACCGGAGUUUCCACCGACGAGAGGUGGAAGGCGAGCCAUCCGCCACAAGGGUACCUUCGAUGUCGAUACAUAACCCACCACCUCGAUCUACCACAAUGCAGCCACCUCAUCAUCAGCAACAACACCUGAGGUACCACCACCACCGCCAGACGCCGCCAAUCAUGGUGGCGUUCGGUGGGAACAGUGUUGCACCGACGGAAUCAUCAAGUGAAGACCUUGACAUCUACCGGACACACGCCGGUCGACACAUGAUGAUGGAGCAGCCAUCAAAGAAAAGAUUCCGAACAAAAUUCAGUGAUGAACAAAAGGAAAAGAUGCAUGAUUUUGCUGAAAGAAUAGGGUGGAAGAUUCAGAAGCAAGAUGAACAAGAGAUUCGAGAAUUCUGCAAUGAAGUUGGAUUGAAAAGACAAGUGUUCAAAGUAUGGAUGCAUAACAGCAAACAAGCCAUGAAGAAGAAACAACCGUAAGAUUAUAAUUAAAAUUAUUCUCAUCAUCUGAUUUACUACAGAUUAAUUGACCUAAACUUUUCCUAUUUUUCUUUACCUAUUAUUAGCAUAGGAUUUUAGGCGAUAUAUAGCCAAUAGCAACACUACAUACAUAUAUUUUAAUUUAUGACUCCCAAGAUUUUAAUUAAGAUCAAUAUUGUAGUCUCGUUUGACUUAAUUCUUAUGAUAUAUUUUCAUCUUUUGAUCAA